UCGGGUCUCGCGAUGAGUGCGUGGGCGCGCGCGGCCGUCGCGAGCUCGCGCACGCCGCGGCUCACCGUGCGGGGCUGGGCUGGCCUCUUCCUCCUGCGAGCGGGGCGGGACCCUGCGCCGUGGCUGUUUCCGAAGGCGGCGGGCAGUGCACCCGCCCGCGAUCGCUUGUCCGCCGCUUUCUCUCCGUCCCGCUGCCCCGUCCGCUCCGCGCCGUCGCCGAGGCGGCGGGCCGGGAAGCGAGUCGCGCCGGCGUGAGGUUCCCAGCCGAUGGGCUGCCCCCGGGCGCGCUGAGGGGCCGGGCUACUCCCAGCGGCUGAGAAAAUGAUGCAUCCUGUUGCCAGCAGUAAUCCGGCUUUCUGUGGGCCUGGCAAGCCUUCCUGCCUCAAUGAAGAUGCUAUGAGAGCUGCUGAUCAGUUUGACAUAUAUUCCUCACAGCAGAGUAAAUACAGCCACACAGUCAGCCACAAACCAAUGGCUUGUCAGAGGCAAGACCCCUUAAAUGAAACACAUUUGCAGACUACAAGUGGCAGAAGCAUAGAGAUAAAAGACGAACUAAAGAAAAAGAAAAAUCUCAACCGAUCUGGUAAGCGAGGCCGGCCUUCAGGAACUACCAAAUCAGCGGGAUACCGGACCAGCACAGGCAGACCCUUGGGAACCACCAAAGCAGCUGGAUUUAAGACAAGUCCAGGCAGACCUCUGGGUACAACUAAAGCUGCGGGAUACAAAGUCAGCCCAGGGAGACCUCCAGGUAGCAUUAAAGCUCUCUCCCGUCUUGCCGACCUUGGUUAUGGCUGUGGCACUGCUGCUUUUCCUUACCCUAUGAUGCAUGGCAGAGCAGUUCACGGGGUAGAGGAAACCAGUAGUGAAGUCAAGCCACCCAGUGAGUAAAUUGAGGCAGGAAAAGGGGUCAAAUAAAAGGAAGAUUGUCAAUUAUCCCAAAGCUCCUUGAAUUUAUUUGACAUACAUGAUUUUGUGACCUGGGCUUUUCUAAAUUUGUUUUUCUGUUUGAUUUUUUUUUUCCUUGAUUUUUUUGAAAGCUGCCAUAUGCUGAUCUGCGCUCUCAGAGCAUGAGCAGUGGCAUUGUUUGUAUAUAGGUUCACUUGUAACAACUAGAUAAUUUUUGAUUUUCCUUUAGUUAAUGGUUAUAGCAUUACUAUUUUGGGGCCAUUCUGACUAUAAGAUUUAUGUCAUAAACAACUAUACCAUUAAUUAGUUUCUAAAGUAAGUCUACAGUAUAAAACUAAUAUCUAAGAUAUUUUUAACUAAUGGAACAAAGUUAAUUACUUGAGAUAAUGGCUAUGAGUUUUUGUAACAUUUUAUUUUCACAAGACAGGAAACGUUUCUAUGCUUUGGCAUUUACACAGACUUCAGAUAUUAAAAAUACUAUGUUUAGAGAGAUAGUACAACGGGUAAGGUGCUUGCUUUGUAUGCAGCUGGCCCAAGUUGGAUCCCUGGCAUCCCAUAUGGUCCCCGAGCACCACCAGGAGUGAUUCCUGAGCAUAGAAUCAGGAGUAACCCCUGAGCAUCACCAGGUGUGACCCCCUCCCCAAACAACAAAAAAAACACCCCCUUCCAUGUUUAAUGUUCUAGGAUUAAGCCGCUUCUUAUUUAUUGAUCUACAUGGUAAUUGAUUUAACCAUUUUCCAAUAAGAAUUCUUUAAUGUUUACCUUUAGCAGUGGUAGGUUGUAUAAUUUUAAUUGCCUAACAGCAUAUAUACUAAACACUACAAAUAAUUCAUACUUAUAGAAAAAUUUGAAAUUUUUAAUAAAACCUACACAUUACAUUUUUUGAUGAUAACAGUAAACAACAUUACUUAAGGUUUGCCUGUAGCUAUAGUUUCUGCAUUUUGCCUUUUAUAUACUCUUACUAAAGCAUUAUGUUUAAAACUUGUUGGUGUUCAUUUAUUUAGAAUGGUUUUUUUUUUCAUAAGUUUUUCAUAAGUUUUCCCAUGCAUUAGCACUUACUAUGGUUUCAAGUUUGUAUCUACCAAAGGACCCAGGUUGAACGGUAGACUGUAAAGCUUUUAUAAGCAAAAUGCAGUUUUCUGUCAGAACUCUCAAAUUCAUCUAUGCAUGAAACAUGUAAAAAAAAUGCUUAUUUUAAUUAAUAAUCAAACUGUGUCUCUUUUAGUGAGACCACUCAUCCAAAAAAAUUUUUUUCCAGCUCUAUUUGCUUUAGAAGCAAGAGAGAAAAGAAAAAUAUACUGGGAAGUUAUGUAUAGUAGGGACAGGGGGAAAUCUCUCUUCUUUCGGAAAGUGACAUUCUUUGUAAAAUACCAUUAUUUAUUCUAAGUUCUAAAUAUAUAAACUUUGGAUUUUAAAAAAACUUCCACUGACCUUUAGGGUUAUAAUGUAGUUGUUUUUUAAAUACUUUCAAUAUUAGAAUAUAGAUUUUCAGAACCCAGAAACUUAAAAAAUAAUUAAAACCUUAAAAGGGCGCAUAAUGUUUAGGCUUGCUGAGGUUAAUGCAAAGUCGAUUGCAAAUAGAUGUCGUGUUUCAUACCUUUUUUAUCAGGAAAAAAGCAGCAAGCCUUCAGGUGUUCCAGUGAUGCCUGACACAAUGAGGUGGACUUUAUGCUGCUCUUUACAGUAAGAGGUGUUACAUUAUAUGUGGGUACUGUGUGUGCACUGGCAUCAAAGACAGUGACCUCAAAAAUCUUGGCUUUGCACAAACUAUAGAGAAAAAUACUGAAUCAGUUGUAACAUUCUGGCAGCUAAAUUGCUUCAAAGUUUCUUCUUACUGAAGCUUAAAGCAUAAAGCUUUUAAUAAUUUACUCAGAACAGUAUAACUUCUGACACACAUAAUUAAUUAAAUUUUUUUAAAAAUAAUUAUUCUGGACAUAUAACCCAGGGCUUCACAACAUGCAAGGCAGAGUGCUCUACAGCUGAGCUAUCCCCAGCCCAUCAAAUGCUUCCAUCUUUUUUCAUAUGUUCAUCUAUCUACUUUUAUGUAUCAGUCAUUUAGCUGUUUUUCGAGAUGUUUAGUGGUUGACUGCUUUCAGAUACUCGAGUUUGAAAACAGUUUUUAAUUAAAUGUUAGAAAUUUAGUUAUAUUUGUAAUAAUACAUAUUGUUGUCAAUGAUCUGAUUGCAUAUUUUGUGGCAUGUCCAUUUGACAUUUCCUUUUCAGUUUAUUUUCAUUCCAGAUUUUCUCAUUCACACCAUUACCUUUCUGCUUGUCCUUUCCUAUAUUAAUUCCCCUGCCCUUUGCCCUCUACCCUUUAGCACAUCUACUCAAUGGUGCUGUGCUGUGUGUUGGAAGAUAAAAGCAGGUGUAUUGUAUAACGAAUUUUGUAUACAUGUUAAUGAAAUGGUGAAAUCAACUAAAGGAAGUGUGUUUAUAACAGUGUUUAUUAAUAAUCAGGAGCUAUGUCCAUGGAACAAGGGGGGAAAACGAAUGGCUACAGUUGUGAAUGGAUAACAUCCUUUAAGAAAGCUGAAUUUGCUGUUCAUAUGAGCAAUGCCUGGUGUAUUAGAUCUGUUUGCUAGUUCCUGGUUCCAGUGACCUUUCUCCUUAUGAAGUUUGUUGGUGCCAUGCUGAAGAAAAAGACAUCUAAGUGAGAACAUGAAUAAAGUCUUAAAAUAGGCAAUUUUUUACUUCUCUAUAAUCUAAAGACUACAUUGUGCAUCUUUUGUAACACUGUCUCUUGUCAUGAUAAACACUGAAUAGCAUGUUAAACAAUUGCCUAUACUUUAAUAUAAAUCAGUUGGGGAAAACUGGUCUUUUCCUCCACUGUAUGGUUGUUCCUUGAAAGGUAAAUCGCUAAUUUUAUAUUGUGUAAUUCUGUUCUUCACAAAAUAGGUUUCACUAUUCUGUAUUAAAACUGUUGGUCAGAAAAUGAUCUGCUAUUCAAGUAAGUUUGCUUUACUUUUUUCUUUAAAAAUUAUAACAUGCCUUAUUUAUUACUUUUAUUAACAAAUAAGGAUUUAGUAUAAUGAAAUUUUCAUUUUUUGACAGAUACAAUCUUGCAUAACUAAUCUUUAGUAGGGGAUGAUUUUGAUACUAUCUUUGGAGUUUUGCACUGGAUUAAAAUAUUGGCCUAAUGUAUUGGAAGAAAUAAUAUAACUGAUUAAUUUUUACUAUUUGGGGAUGUUUUUAAAAUGUGUCAAUUAGACUAAAAAUUCUUUAUAUUUUUAAUUUACUUUUUAAAAUAAACAUGUCAAAGUAAUAAGAAUGAUACUCAUUCCAAACCAAUGUUUGUGUGAAUUUACAUACAUAUUAUCAUGAAAAUUUUUGAGUUAAGGAGGAAAAAUAUUAUUUGGAUCCAUAAUUAAAUGGUGACCAAUCCAGUAUAAGAAAACCCAGUGUGUGAGCUAAAGAAAACUUCUUUUUAUCUAAGAAGCUUUAAAAGAACAAUUCAGGGGAUAUUGAUGAUAACCGCUACUUGGUCAGUCAUUGUCUCUCUAUACAGUAAAAUUUUAUGAUCCCUAAAUAAAAUACAAGGGUACACUACAGUUAUUAAAAAUAUUCUUUCUCUGACCUAAAAUAUUUUGAUGCUAUUAUGUUUUCAUUGUAGUGUAAUUAUAUGCUAUUAAACUCUAGGAUGUAUCUAAAUCUUUCCUUUGCUUUUCCCCUUCCUUGCCCUAAGUAGAUAAAUCUGUGCUCUCACAUAUAACGUAUUUAAUUUUUAAAACUUAAUGCGAUAGUUAAUCAAGUGUGUGAUUUAUAGUGAUCAGACCACUUUGAUUAAAUUCAGUUUCCUUUUUCACAGAUAAUUACAAAGGAAAUAAUUACCAAUUAACUGAUAAAAGCACGCUAUCCUCUGCUGUAAAAAGUCUAAAUAGAUACUGUGUAUGUUUUUAUGUCCAUGAACUUGAGCUACUCGUGUGCAAUUAUGUGUAUGGGAAUGGAGUAGUGUUCAUGAUUUGUAUCUACAUCAUCAUAUGGAUGUAUAUUUAUUAAUAAAGUCAUUACUUUAAAACCAA